GGAAUCCCAGCUCCCACCUAACUCUCCCCCAUCCAUUGACCAGGAUUCCAGAGUCUUCAACCACGCCCGCUCCCACUCCCUGCUGGUUAAUCAUAUCCGCACUCUCAUAUCACCACUACCCUCCCAGACUGACGGAAUAUUUAAACCAAUACCUAAUAAGCCAUGCCUCAGCUCCCAUAGCGAUUCGACACAGCGACUACGAACUGCACCUACCGACGACACCCUAGCCAUGUUCACCUUCAGCCCGCUGCAGGGCGCAUUGACGGAAUCGACAGCAUCGCAGUCGCUCCUGGAACUCGAUGGGGGCGUUAAGGUACUGAUAGAUGCUGGUUGGGAUGAGACGUUUGAUGUCGAGAAGCUGCGCGAGCUGGAGAAGCAAAUCCCCACACUCUCCUUGAUACUACUCACCCAUGCGACCAUCGACCACCUCGGUGCAUAUGCGCACUGCUGCAAGAACUUCCCUCUCUUCACACGCGUUCCCGUCUAUGCGACACGCCCCGUUAUCGACCUCGGCCGCACUCUGACCCAAGACCUCUACGCCUCGACCCCCGUGGCCGCGACGACAAUAUCGCCCACUUCGCUCGCCGAGGCAUCCUACUCCUAUGCGCAGACAUCAUCUGCCGACCACAACCUCCUCCUCCAACCACCAACCCCCGAGGAGAUCGCACGCUACUUCUCCCUCAUCCAACCCCUCAAGUACUCUCAACCUCACCAGCCGCUCCCAUCGCCCUUCUCUCCGCCCCUCAACGGGCUGACAAUCACUGCCUAUAACUCGGGCCACACACUCGGAGGGACGAUUUGGCACAUCCAACAUGGCCUCGAGUCCAUCGUCUACGCCGUCGACUGGAACCAGGCCCGCGAGAACGUUUUCUCCGGUGCCGCCUGGUUAGGAGGAGGCCACGGGGGCGCGGGAGGAGCCGAGGUUAUCGAACAGCUGCGCAAACCGACGGCGUUGGUAUGCAGCAGCCGCACGCCCGAGACCGCGCUCCCACGCGGCCGGCGUGACGAGCAGCUCCUAGAGUCCAUCAAGCUCUGCAUUGCCAGGGGCGGGACGGUGCUGAUCCCCGUGGACUCGAGCGCAAGGGUUCUGGAGCUCUCGUACUUUUUGGAACACGCGUGGAGGGCCGAGGUUGCGAAAGAUAACGAGGUCUUCAAGUCGACAAGGGCCUACCUGGCUGGCCGCACCAUCAACAGCACCAUGAGGAAUGCUAGGAGUAUGCUGGAGUGGAUGGACGACAGCAUCGUGAGAGAAUUCGAGGCUGUAGCUGGUGGUCAAAGGGGGAAUGGCGGUGCCGGAGGUGGCAAGGGCAAGGAUGCUGGUCCUUUCGAUUUCAAGUACCUGAGGCUGCUCGAGCGGAAAGCGCAGGUCGAGCGCAUCCUGCAGCAAGCUGCGGAUACCUCGGAGCCAAAAGGCAGGGUCAUUAUUGCCACCGACUCAAGUUUGGAAUGGGGGUUCUCGAAGGAGGUCAUGCGAACGAUCGCGGGAGACCCCAGGAAUCUUGUCGUCCUCACCGAGAAGCCGAACCUCAACCCAAACACGCCAUCUAUCGCCCGGACGUUAUGGGAAUGGUGGAAGGAGAGAAAGGAUGGCGUGGCGGUUGAGCAAACGAGCAACGGCGACACAUUUGAGCAGGUCUACGGGGGUGGGCGCGAACUCGAAGUGGGUGAUGCGACACGGCAAGCACUGGAAGGGAGCGAACUUGAUAUCUACCAACAGUGGCUAGCAACGCAGCGCCAGCUGCAAGCGACGCUGCAGAGCGGCGGCACGGCCGCCCUCGAAUCGGCCCCUGACGUAGUAGACGAUGCGUCGGAAACCACAACCGAAUCCGAAGAAUCCGAGACGGAGCAACAGGGGAAGGCCCUAAACGUGUCCACGACAAUAGGCCAGGCUAGCCGCAAAAAGGUGGUUCUAAAAGAUGAAGACUUGGGCAUCACCAUCUUGUUCAAGAAGAAGGGGGUCUACGACUUCGACGUCAGGGGGAAGAGAGGGAGAGAACGCAUGUUUCCGACCGUGAUGCGUCGAAAACGAAACGACGAAUUUGGCGAGCUCAUCAGACCCGAGGAAUAUCUCCGGGCAGAGGAGCGCGAGGAUGCCGACGGCCAAGACGAGAGGCAGGAUGGCAACAGGCACGAGCAGGGCCUGGGCAAGAAGCGCAAGUUUGACGACGUUGGCGCGUCCAAGGGAGCUUCGGGGGGCAACAAACGGCCUCAAGGCAAGCGCGCUGCUUCCGACGAGCCAGAGGCCGCUGCGCUAUCUAACGGGCAUGCCGGCGACGAGCUGGACGAGCUGGAGGACGACGACGAAGCCGUCAUCGGCCCGGCCAAGCUGGUGGUCAAGUCACAGACCGUCUCAGUCAAGCUCCGCAUCGCCUUUGUCGACUUUAGCGGCUUGCACGACAAGCGUAGCCUGGGCAUGUUGAUCCCGCUGAUCCAGCCGCGCAAGCUGAUCCUCGUCGCGGGGGCGGAAGACGAAACGCUCGCGCUCGCCACCGACUGCAAGAAGCUGCUGAGCGCCCAGCUCACAGCAGGAUCAUCCCAGAGCACCAUCGACGUGUUCACCCCGGCCAUCGGCGCCACCGUCGACGCCUCGGUCGAUACCAACGCGUGGGUGGUCAAGCUCGCCGACCCCUUCGUCAAGCGCCUCAAGUGGCAGAACGUGCGCGGGCUAGGCAUCGUCACUGUGACAGGCCUGCUCCUCCCGGGCGGAGAAAUCGCCAUCCAAUCCACAACCACCACCACCACAACCAACACAACCACCACCACCGACCCCAACAACCCCAAGCAACCCAACCCCACCUCCACCAACGACGACGACGACGAAGACGCCUCCCACAAGCGCCAAAAACUCGAAGGCACCCCGGCCCCCGAACCAACCGACGGCACGCUCAUCACCACGCAGCACAAAGGCAACAAAGCCGCCGCCGCCCUCCCGACCCUCGACGUGCUCCCCGCCACGCUGGCCUCGGCCGUGCGGUCGGCCGCCCAGCCGCUGCACGUCGGCGAUCUGCGGCUGGCGGACCUGCGCCGGGCGAUGCUGGGCGCCGGGCACCGGGCCGAGUUCCGUGGUGAGGGUACCCUGCUGAUUGAUGGCACGGUGGCGGUGCGCAAGACGGCGACGGGGAGGAUUGAGAUUGAGAGUGUGGGGUUGCCGUUGGCGGUGGGUACGGGGGGUGGUGCUGCUGGGGGUGGUGGUGGUGUGGGGGGAAGGAAUGGGGGGAUGGGGACGUUUUAUGAGGUGAGGAGGAAGAUUUAUGAGGGGUUGGCUGUUGUUGCGGGGGCGUGA